CGUUCUCUUUUGUUUUUGUUUGUUUUUGCGCAUGUGUGUGUCUCAGUGUGUGUGUAUGUAUGUAUGCAUGCAAAUUCUGCUGAAGUCAACUUUGCCUUCCAUCCUUUUGGGGGCGGUAUAAUUAACUUUUAAUCUCUCCUGGAAUAUCAGAAGUCAUUGGAAUUGGAGAAGUUUUCACCUUAGAUGCAUCAUCAAUAUUUAUCAUCUUUUCAAGACUAAAGGAAGUUGUUAUUCUGAACAGAUAUAAUCUUAUUGAUAUAAUCUAUGCAGAAUGAUUGAAAUAUUUCUUCUAAACUGAGGUUUUUGUUCCACACUAUUUGGGACAUGUAUAAAAUGAUUUUGCUCUCUAAUUAAACUUGGAAAUAUUUACAAAGGAGUAUGCCACAUCUCCAGAUAUUCACAAAGUUCAUGAUUGGUGGAAAUACAGCAAUAAAAAUAUUUCGAAAGACAAAGAAUAUUCUAUACAUUGUGGUGAAUUGUAAGGAAAUUAUGUGUAAAACUUAAAGGAUCGAUUUCUUUCCUGAAGAGAUGCCAAAAGAGAUAGGAAAAUCCUCAUACCACUGUGACAUCUGUAAAAAGGUAUUCUCUGGUAAAAGUAACUUAACUGCUCACAAACGUAUUCAUACAGGAGAGAAGCCAUAUCACUGUGAUAUCUGUGGUAAAUCAUUCUCUCAGAUAAACUCUUUAACUACUCACAAAUAUAUUCAUACAGGAGAGAAACCUUACCAUUGUGAUAUUUGCGGCAAAUCAUUUUCUCACAAAGGUAACCUUGUCAUUCACAAACAUAUUCACACGGGAGAGAAGCCAUAUCCCUGUGAUAUUUGUGGUAAAUCAUUCUCUGUAAAUGGGAACCUAAUUACUCACAAACGCAUUCAUACAGGAGAGAAACCAUAUCACUGUGAUAUCUGUGGUAAAUCUUUCUCUCAUGGAAAUACCUUAACUACUCACAAACACAUCCAUACAGGAGAAAAACCAUAUCAUUGCGAUAUCUGUGGUAAAUCUUUCUCUCAUGGAAAUACCUUAACUACUCACAAACAUAUUCAUACAGGAGAGAAACCAUAUCAUUGUGAUAUCUGUGGUAAAUCAUUCUCCCGGGGUGAUAGUUUAACUACUCACAAACGCAUACAUACAAAGGAGAAGCCAUAUCACUGUGAGAUCUGUGAUAAGACAUUCUCUCAAAGUGGUGUUUUAAAUAUUCACAAACGUAGUCAUACAAAAGAGAAACCAUAUCACUGUGAUAUCUGCGGCAAGUCAUUCUCUCAAACUGGUGUCUUAACCACUCAUAAACGCAUUCACACUGGUGAGAAGCCAUAUCACUGUGACAUCUGUGGUAAAUCAUUCUCUGGAAGUAGUGACUUAACCACUCACAAGCGUAUUCAUACUGGAGAGAAACCAUAUCACUGUGAUAUUUGUGAUAAAUCAUUCUCUCAAAUAAAUCACUUAACUAAACACAAACGUAUUCACACAGGAGAGACACCAUAUCACUGUGACAUUUGUGGAAGAACAUUCUCUGAAACUAGUCACUUAACUGCUCAUAGACGUAUUCAUACAGGAGAGAAACCAUAUUACUGUGAUAUUUGUGGUGUAUCAUUCUCUGUGAACUGUAACUUAAUGAAACACAAACGCAUUCAUACAGGGGAGAAGCCAUAUCACUGUGAUGUAUGUGAUAAAUCAUUCUCUCAUGGAAAUACCUUAACUACACACAGAUGUAUUCAUAGAGGAGAAAAGGCAAAUCGCUAUUAUAUCUGUAGUAAAUCAUUCAAGAACAAGAUUAAAUAUAAAACACAGUCUAAAGCAAUUAAUUUUCCUGAUGAUAUAAUGAAAAAGGAAGGAAAAAUUUCAUACCACUGUGAUAUUUGUAACAAGCCAUUCUCUCAAAUAAAGAACUUAACUAGACACAAAUACAUUCAUACAGGAAAGAAAUCAUAUCAUUGUGAUAUCUGUGGUGUAUCAUUCUUUGAAAAAGGUAAUCUCACUAUUCACAAGCGUAUUCAUACCGGAGAAAAACCGUAUCAGUGUGAUAUCUGUGGUAAAUCAUUCUCUCAAGUGAAUCAUUUAACUAAUCACAAACGUAUUCAUACAGGAGAGAAACCAUAUAACUGUGAUAAAGCAUUCUCUCAUGGUAUUACCUUAACUACUCACAAGCGCAUUCAUACAAGAGAGAAGUCAUAUCAGUGUGAUAUCUGUGGUAAAUCAUUCUCUGAAAAUUGUCACUUAAUUAAACACAAACGUACUCAUACAGGAGAGAAACCAUAUCACUGUGAUAUUUGUAGCAAAUUAUUCUCUCAGACUGGUCACUUAACUACUCACAAGCGCAUUCAUACAGGAGAGAAGCCAUAUCACUGUGAUAUCUGUGGUAAAUCUUUUUCUCAAAAUGAUCACUUAACUAAUCACAUACGUAUUCAUACAGGAGAGAAACCAUAUACUUGUGACAUUUGUGAUAAAUCAUUCUCUCGUUCUGGUGAUUUAACUACUCACAAACGAAUUCAUACAGGGGAGAAGCCAUAUCACUGUGAUAUCUGUGGUAAAUCAUUCUCUAAAGGAUGUAACUUAAAUAAGCACAAACGUAUUCAUACAGGAGAGAAGCCAUAUCACUGUAAUAUCUGUGGUAAAUCAUUCUCUGAAAUAGGCCACUUAACGUCUCACAAACGUAGUCAUACAGGAGAGAAACCGCAUCACUGUGAUACCUGUGGUAAAUCAUUCUCUGAAUUAAGUCACUUAACUACUCAUAAGCGUAUUCAUACAGGAGAGAAGCCAUAUCACUGUGAUAUCUGUGGUAAAUCAUUCUCUAGAAGUAUUAAUUUGAAUACACACAAACGUAUUCAUACUGGGGAGAAACCAUAUCACUGUGAUAUCUGUGGUACAUCAUUCUCUGAAAAAGGCCACUUAAAUACUCACAAACGUAUUCAUACAGGAGAGAAACCAUAUCACUGUCAUUUUUGUGAUAAAUCAUUCACACAUGGAAACACUUUAACUAUACACAAGCGUAUUCAUACAGGAGAAAAACCAUAUCAAUGUGAUAUCUGUAAUAGAUCAUUUUCCCAUAAAAGUCACCUAACUAAACAUGUAUGUAUUCAGAAGAGUGACUGUAUCUGUGUCAGUUAAAUUACAAAAAAAAAAAAAAAAGAGAAGAAUUUUGUAUUCUUGCAAAACUUUUUAAUUCAUGCGUAAAUUCAGCUGGGGUUGUACAUUUAAAAUUUCACUUAAAAUGUACAUUUUUAUGUCAAUCUAAAACUUUACUAUAAAUGAAUAAUAGAAAUGUAAAUAUAUUUGGAAGACUGUGUUUUUUGCAUUGAAACAUAAACUUUGUUAAAGGUUUAUAAUGUACUUCAUAUCUAAUAUGGUGAAAUAAAUGUAAUUUAGAUUAAAAAGUAAUAUUAAUCUGGCUGUGUAGUUAAGAAGAUUACUUCCCAAUCACUUUGUUGUGGAUUCAGUCCCACUGCAUGACUCCUGAGCCAAUUAAAGCCUUAUGAAUGAAUUUAGUAGACAGAAACUGAAAGAAACCCAUCAUGUGUGUGUGUGUGUACAUCUAAUGACAAUGUAGUAGGCAUUUAUAGUAAGUGUUCCAAUUGGUUUACCUUUAAAACUCCAACUUGAACUGCGACUAAAACUAAAAUGGUGUUGUAGCUACCUAAUAAUGAAUGACUAUAAGUGGUUCAUUGAGUGGAUAGGUGUAUAUUAGAAAGAAAGUAGAACCAGCAAAAUAUGUAUCACUUUAGAGCAUGGAAUCUAUAACAUAGAACAUCUCAUGGAUGUUCCAUCAGUUUGUUGUAGAUAUCUAUGCCAAGAUGGAGUCUGAAAGGUUGCGUUUCAUUUGCCAUAAUCAAAAAAAGCUAAGGUCAGAGAAUUAUAUCCACCUUCGGGAUGGCAUAAUCAAUGACGUCGCGCCUGAAGAUAUUGGACAGGUCUGCAUUUUACCAUCUACAUUUACCGGGGGGUCCACGGUAUAUGCAUGAGAGAAUGCAAGAUGCCAUGAUGUUUGUACGUCAUUCUGGUCGCCCUGAUUUAUUCAUAACCUUUACUUGCAACCCCUAGUGGAUUGAAAUUGAACUAUUAAAUGGUCAGAAGCCCACUGAUAGGCAUGAUCUUCUUGCAUGAGUUUUUCGGUUGAAGCUACAGAAACUCAUAGAUUUGAUCAAGAGAGGACAGAUAUUCGGGAGUGUUAAAUGCGACAUGUAUACUGUCGAGUGGCAAAAAAGAGGUCUUCCACACGCCCAUAUUCUCUUAUAGUUGUCCUCAAAAAUCAAUUCAAACAAUAUAGACAGCCUGAUAUCAGCAGAACUGCCUGAUCUCAACAUGGUAUAAUUGUUGUAAAUGAGUGUCAUCAUAAUACAAACACUGUCUUUUGCUUGCAAUCCUCCAUGAAAAUAUGUCCAACCAUAGGGAAAUAUUACCUUACUUAGAAAUUUGUAAAAGUUGGUGACAGGAAGGGAAUCUGGCCAUAGAAAAUCUACCUCAACAAAUUCUGUCCAACACAUGGAAAAGUAGACAUUAAAUGAUGAUGUAUUCACGCAAGAAAGAAGACAACAUUGUAAAACUAUAUUGUGUAUAAUCAUUGUUACGUCUAUAGUGGUGAAAUAACUUGUCAAUGUAAUAUUUUAAAUAAAACAUUCAUUCAAACUACUUGUAAAUUCCAUUAAUGUAUUUUUCCCAGGUGAUAGAAAAGAUAUUAAUUCAGCAUUGUGGUUAAAUCGUUGAGAACUGUAUUCUUGUAUACUAAUAAUAACAUCACUACACAAUUAUGUUAGAAAUCAUCAUCAACAUUUAACAUCCUUUCCCAUACUGGCAGGGGUUGGACAGCUUGACAGGAUCUGGCAAGGCCAGGGGCCACACCAGGUUCCAUAGUUUGUUUUGUCUUGGUUCCUACAGCUUGAUGCCCAUACUAAUGCCUACCAUUUCACAGAGUUUACUGGGUGCUUUUUACAUGGCACCAGCACCAGGGCUUUUUAUAUGACACCAGCACCCACAUCGUUGCUUUUUAUGUGACACCUUGGUUUUAGGAUCUCAAUUCUGUUGUGGUGGAUGGGUCUUUUUGAGUACAGUCCUCUAAACUCUGAAAGAAUAUGUUUUGUCAUACUGUUACAAACUAUGUGCAGAUUAUCUUAUAAAUAUUCUGGAUUUUUUUAUACUGGUUUAGUCUUUUCAUAUAUAUUUAUACCAUUAAAAGAAUCACUUUGAUGGUGGUUUAGAUUUAUAAAAUUUUUUCAUUUUCUUUAUGAUUCCUUCAAGAUUUGGUGGUUGAGCUGAAGUUGAUUUGUAAGUAUCAAUGUAAAGUUAAAUUUAAUAUGAAUAUAAACUUUAUUAUAUAAUUUGUAAAUUAUCAUCAUCAAUGUUUUAAUGUUCAUUCUUUAUGCAGAUAUAUUCUGAACACCCAUCACACAGAAUAUCUGUCUUGUUAACUAUGAAAUCUAGAUUCUUGAACUCAGAACCUCGUCACUGUGAAUAUUCUUAAUAAGCUGAAAUUGAAAUAAAGCCUUUUUAAUAUUGAA